GAAUUUUCUUUGUCUUAAAAAAAAAAAAAGAAAAGAAAAAAAUGAUUCUCUUUCGGUCUUGUAGGAAGAAGACUUGCGGGCCUUCAGGCAAUGGGGAAGCAGAACUCCUGGUCAUCCAGAGAAUUUCGAAACCCCUGGGAUCGAAGUUACUACCGGUCCUCUUGGUCAGGGUAUCGCUAAUGCUGUCGGCUUAGCACUUGCUGAGAAACACUUAGCGGCCCGUUUCAAUAAACCCGACAACGAGAUCAUCGACCAUUACACGUAUGCCAUACUUGGUGAUGGUUGCCAAAUGGAAGGCGUUUCGAACGAAGCGUGCUCACUUGCUGGCCACUGGGGUUUGGGAAAAUUGAUUGCCUUUUACGAUGAUAAUCACAUCUCUAUCGACGGAGACACAGAAAUUGCGUUCACCGAAGAUGUGCUUGCGCGCUUUGAGGCUCUCGGGUGGCACACGAUCUGGGUCAAGAAUGGUAACACAGGAUACGAUGAGAUCCGCACUGCGAUUAAGGAAGCAAAGGCUGUCAAGGACAAGCCAACGUUAAUCAAGGUAACAACCACCAUCGGGUAUGGAUCACCGAACAAGGCAAACAGCUAUAGUGUACAUGGGAGCGCCUUGGGUGCGAAGGAAGUUGAUGCAACUAGGCAGAACCUUGGGUGGCCCUAUGAGCCAUUCCAUCUGCCUGAGGAUGUGAAGAGGCACUGGAGCCGCCAUAUCCCUCAAGGCGCUGCUCUCGAAGCGGAAUGGAAUGCCAAAUUCGCAGAGUAUGAGAAGAAGUACAAGGAGGAUGCAGCAGUGUUGAAGAGUAUCAUUUCGGGAGAACUGCCUGCUGGAUGGGCUGACGCACUUCCGAAAUACACACCCGAGAGUCCAGCCGACGCAACUCGCAACCUCUCCCAGCAGUGUCUGAAUGCGCUCGCUAAAGUCCUCCCUGGUCUUCUCGGAGGCAGUGCCGAUCUCGCGUCCUCCAACAUGACGCUACUUAAAAUGUACGGGAACUUCCAAAAGGACACACCUGAAGAACGGAACGUCCGCUUUGGAGUCCGCGAACACGGGAUGGGCGCUAUAUGCAACGGAAUCGCCCUCCACAGCCCUGGCCUCAUCCCCUACUGUGCUACCUUCUUUGUCUUCACCGACUACAUGCGGGCAGCCAUGCGGAUCUCGGCACUGUCUGAGGCUGGCGUCAUUUAUGUAAUGACCCACGAUUCUAUUGGGCUCGGAGAAGAUGGCCCGACCCACCAGCCCAUCGAGCAUCUGAUCAGCUUCCGCGCCAUGCCCAGCAUUUUGAUGCUCCGGCCGGCUGAUGGUAACGAGACUGCCGGGGCCUACAAGGUCGCUGUCCUCAACAGGAAGAGGCCAUCGGUACUAGCGCUCUCCCGGCAGAAGCUUCAACAACUUCCUGGAACGUCUGUUGAAGGGGUCGAGAAGGGAGGUUACAUUAUCUCAGAUAAUUCAUCCGGAAAUAAGCCUGAUCUCAUUCUCAUCGGGACUGGGUCGGAGCUGGAAAUUGCAGCCAAGGCAGCUAACGAGCUGAGGAAGGAGGGGAAGGCGGUUCGCGUUGUGUCGCUUGUUUGCUGGGAGUUAUUUGACGAGCAACCGGACGAAUACAAGGAGAGUGUGCUACCUGCUUCUGUGACCGCUAGGGUUAGCAUCGAAGCGGGGGUAACUCUUGGGUGGCAGAAGUAUGUGGGUGAGAAGGGGAAGGCCAUAGGGAUUGAUCGGUUCGGAGCGAGCGCUCCUGCCGGGAGAAUAUACAAAGAAUUCGGAAUAACUGCGGAAAACGUCAUCGCAGCUGCGAAAAGCUUAUAAGAUUAAAUCAUUUAAAUGCCCUGCCCCUCUCCUGCUUAAUGAGGGAAAGUUAGUACGGGAGAAGUUAACAUAAAAGAGUCCGGACCGUUCUAUUUCCUGUAAUAAAGGAUGCCCUAUGUCAUUGAGUUUUCCACUUGCAAUUUCUUUUUGUAUGUGUCGCUGAGUUGUACCUGAUUUAUGAGAGGAUUACUAGUCGCGCUUGUGUGAAACUCUUUUUUCUGUUUGAAGUCUCAAUUUUUUUUGCAAUAGUUUAGAAUAACAUUCUGAGAGGGGCAUGGAAUUUUAUACUGCGCAAGUGUGAUCAGUUUGUAUUGAAUUUAUGCUGCAUAAGUGUGAUCAGUUUGAUUCAGUUUGCAUGUGA